AUGGAUUCUUCUCAAACCACGCCUAAGAAAUCGCUAUUAGUGAUCGGAGACACGAACGGUUCUGGCAUGAGUACUAACCCUAAACCCUCUGGUUCGACUCUUGGUGAAACCUCCAAGCCGGGACUCAAGAGAGAUUCGAGAAAUUAUGAUGACGGUGUUGAUGAUGAUGAUAACUUGCCUAUCAAGAAAACGAGGACAAUGGAUAACCCUGAUCAUGAUCACGAUGGUAAAACAAUCCUAGCUUUGGAUGUUAAACCACUGGCGAUUGUGGAAGCGGAUACUCCGAAGCUUUCUAGACAGUUUUGGAAAGCAGGAGAUGACAAAGAAGACGAGCCUGUACCUCGCUAUUGUAGCAAUGAUGCGGCGGUUAGGGUUCAUCCUCAGUUUCUUCAUGCUAACGCCACCAGCCACAAGUGGGCACUUGGAGCUUUGGCCGAACUUCUUGACAAUUCUCUCGACGAGGUGUGUAAUGGGGCUACAUAUGUUCAUGUUGAUUCAACAACAAAUGAAAAAGACGGGAGCAGCAUUCUCAUAGUUAAAGACAAUGGAGGUGGGAUGAAUCCGAGUAGGUUUAGAGAGUGCCUUUCUUUGGGAUAUUCAAGAAAACGUAAUAUGGCUAAUACAGUUGGUCAAUACGGGAAUGGAUUCAAAACUAGUACAAUGAGGCUUGGUGCUGAUGCAAUUGUCUUCUCACGUUGUCGAGGAACCAAUGGAAAUAAUGCGACACAGAGCGUUGGUAUGUUGUCAUAUACGUAUCUUUACGAGACAAGAAAAUGUGAAGCCAUUGUCCCCACGGUUGAUUUUGAGUUAGUAGAUAACAAUUGGAAGGAGAUAACAUACAACUCCACAGAUGAGUGGUUUGAUAAUGUAGAUACUAUAGUGAAGUGGUCGCCAUUUUUAUCCCAACAAGAAUUGUUCGAGCAGUUUGAUUACCUAGACGAGCAAGGUACUCGGAUUGUGAUUUAUAACCUAUGGGAGGACGAUGAGGGGAAGUUGGAACUUGAUUUUGAUACAGAUCCUCAUGAUAUUCAACUCAGAGGUGUGAACAGAGAUGAGAAGAACAUAGAAAUGGCGAAAGCUUAUCCUAACUCGAGUCAUUUUCUAACGUAUCGACACUCCCUACGUAGUUAUGUAUCGAUCCUGUAUCUCAGGCUUCCACCAAACUUCAGAAUUAUUCUUCGUGGAAAAGAUGUCGAACAUCACAGCUUAUUAGACGACAUGAUGAUGACGGAAGACAAAACAUACAGACCUGUGCGUUCUUUAGAAUGGUCAACAGAUGAAGACAUGGUUGCUUCUCUAAAGAUUGGCUUUGUGAAAGAUGCUCAUCAUCACAUCGACAUACAAGGGUUCAAUGUUUACCACAAGAACCGGCUUAUCAAGCCAUUUUGGAGGGUUUGGAAUGCUGCGGGAAGUGAUGGACGCGGUGUAAUUGGUAUAUUGGAAGCUAAUUUCAUACAACCAGCUCAUAAUAAGCAAGGGUUUGAGCGAACCGCUGUUCUUGCUAAACUCGAAAACCGAUUGAGAGAAUAUCAAAAGGCCUAUUGGUCUUCAAGAUGUCACGAGAUCGGUUAUGCUCGAAGGCGGAAACCGAAGACUAAUGAAACAGAAACUAUUUCACAACGGGACCAUAAAUCCGAUGUACCUUCUAACCGCGUAAACAAUGAUAAGGGGUCUUUUUCUGCUUCAGCACCAGCUGUAGGAAAACGAAACUUUCAGGAUGUUACACAAUCAAGUCUUGUUGGUAGAAACCUUGACAACGGGCUUAAGAACGCGAAACAUGGGCAUGUCACAAGUUUUAAUGAAACAGUAUCACUUACUCAAGCUGCGGAGUUGCAGAAGGUAAAAGACGAAGCAGCAAAACAAGUGGCUGAGUUGCAGAGACAGAAUACACAGCUUAAGUCGCAACUUAACGAGUCCAAAGCUAAGAACUAUGCUUUGGAGAAAUCGCUGAAAGUAAGAGACGAAUCAGCAAAAUUGGUUGCUGAGCUGCACAGACAGAAAGCACAACUCGUGUCGCAACUCAAGGAUUUAAAAAUUAAGAUCCAAGAUUUAGAGAAAUCUCAGAAGGUAAAAGAUGUAUUAGCAAAACGGGUGACUGAGCUGCAGAAACAAAGAGGACAGCUUGAAUUACAACUCAAGGAUUCAAAAGCCAAGAUCCAAGAUUUAGAGAAAUUGCAGAAGGUAAACGACGAAUCGAUAAAACUGGCGGAUGAACUGCAAAAACAGAAAGAACUACUUGAGUCACAACUCAAGGUGUCACAGGCUAGGAAUCGAGACUUUGAGAAGUCGCAAAAGGCAGUAACAGAUAUCUUUCAAGAAGAAAGAGCACGCAGAGAUGUGACUGAGGAUGCCUUGAGGAAGAAAAUACGGGAAGCUUCUGAUGUCAUUGAUUCGCUAACAAUGAAAGCAAAUAGUCUCGAAGCAGAAAAAGCAUAUUGUAAGAAGGUACACAUGCAUUUGCAUUAAGUAACAACUUGGAAUUUCAAAACUCGUUUCUAGGUUUUGAAGUGUUGUUGUACAACAAUCUCUAUCCUUUAGUAGAAUGUACAUUCAUUAGACUCAGGAAGACUUUAGUAAAAGACGCCAGUUUAGAUUUUAAUUUUUCUUGUCGCUUUUUCUACUUCCAGACAGAACC